AACAAGUAACAAGUUCUUGUUAUUACACAUAAAUCACCGCAGAGAGUGCAGCAACCAACAGGAACGUCUCACCUGUCCUACUGUCCAUUUGUCUCUGCGGGACUUGAUGGAUGGCCAGACAUCAUCCCUCUAUUGGUGCAUGCUCUGUCUGGCUGUUCUGGGUCUCAAACCUGCAGGUGUCUCCACAGAUCAGAGAAACGUCACAGCAGAACCAGGACAGAACGUCAUUCUGCCAUGUAGAACUCCUGACAGUAAACCUGUUAUUGCUGUAGAGUGGAGCAGAACUGAUCUGGGGUCAGAAUAUGUUCUUCUCUACAGAAAUAACCAGUUUGAUCUAGAACACCAGCAUCCAUCUUUUAAGAACAGGGUGGAUCUGGAGGAGGGACAGAUUAAGAAAGGAGAUGUGUCUCUGGUUCUGAAGAACGUGGUGACUGAUGACAGAGGAACAUAUGAGUGUCGAGUCUCCCAGUCGGAAACAAACAGCAGGAAGGAGACGGUUCUCUACAUAAACCUGGAUGUAGUUCCUCCUCCAGGGGAGCCUGAUGACAAGAAGAAGGAUGGAGCUGGUCAACUGAGUGUCGUUCUGUUGGUAGCUGUCAUAAUGGGUAUUGUUAUUGUCAUUGAUGUUUUUGUGAUGUAUAGAAAGAAAUUAAAGUUUUUCCGGCCUCCUGAAGAAGCAGCUGAACCUGAAGUCUCAAUACCUCUGGACUCAUCAGCUAAGUUUUGAAUUCAGCAGGUAAAGUGAAGUUCUGCUGAUGAUGAGACACAUUUCAGAGACUUACGGAGGAUUUCCUCCUCAUGAGGACCAACAUCUUCCUCCUCCUCCUCCUCCUCUUCCUCCUCACCACCAACCUGCAGCAUCAAACCUGAACUCUGCCAUCAAGCGUUUCUGUCCUCCAGCAGAACCUCAGCUGGUCCAGAUCUGCUCUAAAAGCCGUUCCAGGCUGGACUUGUUGCCUCGUUAUUCUGUAAAGCUUUAGACUGAAUGUCAGGAUCCUGUUAUGAGCCUUACGAGGCUGAAACAGAGGAAAGCUGCAGGACCGGACAGCAUCCCCCCUCAGGCUGCUGAGGACCUGUGCAGAUGAGCUCUGUGAGGUCCUCAGCUACAUCUACAAACCU